AUGGGAGCAUACGCCGCCCAAUCGCCUAGGAUCUCGAGGUCGCAUACUUCGCCGACGACGGCAGAGCGCAUACAUCGCAAGACGACCGGCGAUUCCGGGAAAGAGUGGAUCAAAGGCGACGAUUUUCUCGACGCGUGUAUCUGCACUACGGGCUGCACGUGUCGCGAAGGUCAUCGCGUGCUUUACCGCUCGCGCGACAACGGAGGAGAUUCCGAUGGUGAAGGACGGUAUGGAAGUGGUGAGAUACGAUAUAUUCUCAAGAAAGAUCUAGGGAAAGACUGUGGAGAUCAUUCUGGGUGCAAGAGGAACGACAGUGAAAAGGAAGAGAAGAUGGGCAAGAAGGAGAAGAAGAAAGAGGAAAAGAGGCGGAAAGAAGAGCUCCAGAACCUCAAGGAUGACAUGCUGGAAGCACUUGAUGAGCGACUCGGUGCGUGGAGAAAAGCGAAGUCGAGCAAAGCGGGCAGUGUGAGUAGUCCGAGGCCACCGUUUGCUGGACUGGGCGGGCCGAUGGGAAUGGGCAUGGAUUCGAAUGCCAUGAUGAGCGACCCUAUAAUGGCACAGAAGCUGGCCAGUAUGGGAUUGGGCCCAUUAAUGCCCAUGCCGCCCAACAUGACCGUGGGUGGAGGUCAUCCAUACGCCAUGCAAGCAGGCAUACCAGGCCUAAGCAAGAUGCAAGCAGGAAUGAUGGAUCCGCGGCAACAAAUGGGAAUCCGACCCGGUCAAAUGCCCAUGGGCAUGUCGUACGAAGACGAAAUCUCCAUCGCCGAUAUGGAAGGCGUUGGUCUGGGCAAUCCAUACCUGGGCAGAGAAGCCCGAGGACGAGGACCGCAGCCACGCUUCGUAGACCCAACUAGCCGGCGAGAAAAUGGCAUGACUCCCAAACCCAUGCCCUUCUCCGCCGUCAGAAGGGGAGCAGGAGGCAGGCAACGUAAAUUACUCCACUCCCAGCAACAACAAACACGUCGAGACUUUGGCAGCGACGAGUACGACUCCCCAGCUCCGCGGCCUACCGGUCGAGCAGGAAGCUUUCACGACGACGAAGACGAUGCUGGUAAAUAA